AAGUGCUCGUCAUUGUGCACCAUGGUGGCCGGUGGUAGUAUCUACUGCCUCUCGUCCUCGCGGAGCUUCUACAGGAGCUCUACCGCCUGGUGUCAAGGCUGCAAGCGCCGGCUCGGUGGCGGCGUGUCGCUCUUUGUGUUUUUUUUUUGCUUCUGGCGAACGUUUUUCGCCACCAGCAGCGACCUUCCUCCCCCCUAAGGUAGCCGACCGGGGCGUGGGUGCAAGGAGAGUGCGAGAGCGAGAGCACACGCCACACGCCACUCACCCUCUCCGAAACUUUGCGGACACGUGUGAACGUAGGCGUCGUCGUCUUCCGAGUCUGUUUCGCCUGUGAGCAACCUGCGGUCAAUGCUGCAAGGUAGUCUGGGCAUGGCGUCGGGAGGCUCCGCCCGUCUCAUGGGCUGCCCGCCGCCGCCCACGCCUGCGUCGACGCCGCGGUCGCUCCGCGGUGGCGUUGGCACCUCGCCGUCGGAGAUGUACGCGGCGUACGCGGCCGGCAACGCCCGCAGCGAGGCCGAAGGCGACGGCGACGGGUCGGGCGACUACUCGUCGGACACCGAGUCGUUCGGCGCGUCUGGCCCGCUUGAGUGCGUCGGCGUCCUUGAGAUGGACCAGGAGGAGGCUUCGCCGAUGGUGUCGGCGACAGUCAUCCGGUCCGGGCGCCGCCCGGGCAUGCCCACGGCGUCGCUUGUCGACGUCUUUCCACCGACCGAGCCGCUCUUCCGCGGCUACGUCGGCAAGCGCGGGACUUGUGGCGAGCCCGAAAUCCAGGUCCUUGGCGACGGCUUUGCUGCCCGCGCCCGGACCCGCAAGCGCCGGUCAGACUCGGACGGCAACGAUGACGACUACGGCCCGCAGACCUCGCCGAACGCCCCGUACUCGGUCCCGCCCUCCAUUUCAUCCUCGCCCUCGGGCCUCUUCAUUGCUGGCCAGGGCCAGUCCUCGCGUCGCUCAUCGCACUCGACUUCGCCCUCGCCCAUGCCGGGCGCCUACGGCUCGCCCGUCGUCGCCAUGCACGCGUUUGCCGCCAUCCCGGCUCGCGCCUCCAAGAAGAAGCGCGGUCUCAACUGACGCCACGCUAUGCUCAGCCAUGCUUAGCCGGGCUCUCUCCCACCUGGGCCAAUAAUGUAAAGAUGGACCCAGAUACUGAAA